UCUCACUCUGUCCCUCCCCCCUCUCUCUCCUUCCAUAUCUCUCUCUUUUGUUUUUUCUUUCUCCCUCCCUCAGUCACUUACUUCAUUCCAGUUCAACAUGUUGCUGGGACAAUGCUACAGACUACGUGUCAAGCUUUUCUGCCAGCAUAUCGGAUGCAUACAGGUUCAUUGAAUUUAAAAGAAGUCAGUGAGGGCAUAACAUUUAAACAGGAGAAGGUAGCUCAACCCAAACCAGUUUCCAUGUGGCAAGAGGCGAUGAGAAGGAGACGCUAUUUGCUGGAUAGGACUGAAAAUGCCACGGGUAAAGAGAAGUCUACAGAUUGGCUAUACGAGUCCUACUACUGCAUGAGCCAGCAGCACCCUCUGAUUGUGUUUCUGCUUCUGAUUGUGAUGGGAGCCUGUGUGGCUCUACUGGCUGUCUUCUUUGCUUCUGGGCUGGAUAUUGAAGACCAUGUGGUAUUCGUAAUCACUGUCCCCACAGCACUGGCAAUAUUCUUGACCAUCUUUGUCCUGGUCUGCAUCGAGUCCGUGUUCAAGAAACUGCUGCGCAUUUUCUCUUUGGUAAUCUGGGCAUGCCUUGUUGCUAUGGGAUACCUCUUCAUGUUUUUUGGAGGAAUCAUCUGUCCCUGGGACCAGGUGUCCUUCUUCUUGUUCAUUAUCUUCGUGGUGUACACCAUGCUGCCCUUCUGUAUGCGGGAUGCUAUAAUUGCCAGCGUGCUGACCUCGUCCUCCCACACCAUUGUGUUGAGCAUCCGCCUGUCUACCACUGCAGUGAUAAAGGAGCACUUGGUAUGGCAGAUUUUGGCAAACAUCAUAAUCUUCAUCUGUGGGAACCUAGCAGGUGCCUAUCACAAGCAUCUGAUGGAGCUGGCUGUGAAGCAGACUUAUCAGGACACCUGCAACUGCAUUAAAUCCCCCAUCAAACUAGAGUUUGAGAAACGGCAACAGGAACGUCUGUUAUUGUCUUUGCUUCCUGCUCACAUUGCCAGAGUAAUGAAGGCUGAAAUCAUUCAGAGGCUACAGGGGCCAAACUCUGGCCAGCUUGAAAACACCAACAACUUUCACAAUUUGUAUGUGCAAAGGCACACAAAUGUCAGUAUUUUAUAUGCUGAUAUUGUGGGAUUUACACGCCUGGCCAGUGAUUGCUCACCAGGAGAGCUGGUCCACAUGCUAAAUGAGCUCUUUGGAAAGUUUGAUCAAAUUGCUAAGGAAAAUGAAUGUAUGAGGAUUAAAAUUCUUGGAGACUGUUACUACUGUGUGUCAGGCCUACCAGAAUCUCUGCCGAAUCAUGCUAAAAACUGUGUGAAAAUGGGACUGGACAUGUGUGAAGCCAUAAAGAAGGUGAGAGAUGCUACAGGAGUUGAUAUAAAUAUGCGUGUAGGGGUGCAUUCUGGGAAUGUUCUCUGUGGAGUCAUUGGGCUGCAGAAGUGGCAGUAUGAUGUUUGGUCACAUGAUGUUACUUUAGCCAAUCACAUGGAAGCUGGUGGAGUUCCUGGGCGAGUUCACAUUACAUCUGUCACAUUGGAGCACUUGGAUGGAGCCUACAAAGUGGAAGAAGGGGACGGGCAAGUCAGAGAUCCCUAUCUAAAGGAGCAUGAUGUUAUAACCUACCUUGUCAUUAAUCCCAAAGUUGAGAGACGGAGCCCCCAGCACCACUACAGGCCAAGACACGGUAUAGAUGGAGCCAAGAUGAGAGCGUCUGUGCGGAUGACUAGGUACCUGGAGUCCUGGGGAGCAGCCAAACCAUUCGCCCACUUACACCACCGAGACAGCAUGACGACAGAGAACGGCAAGAUCAACACCACUGAUGUACCGAUGGGACAGUACCAUUUUCAGAGGCGUUCAGAAAGAACAAAAUCACAGAAAAAGAGGUUUGAGGAGGAGCUGAAUGAAAGAAUGAUUCGAACUAUUGAUGGAAUAAACUCCCAAAAGCAGUGGCUGAAGUCUGAAGACAUUCAGAGGAUUUCUCUGUUCUUUCAUAAUAAAACCUUAGAGAAGGAGUACAGAGCAACUACCUUGCCAGCCUUUAAGUAUUAUGUCACCUGUGCUUGCUUGAUAUUUUUCUGCAUCUUCAUUGUGCAGGUUCUAGUGUUGCCAAAAACUCCAGUCCUUGGGAUUUCAUUUGGAGCAGCAUUCCUUAUACUCUCCUUCAUCUUGCUGAUCUGCUUUGCAGGACAUCUUCUGCAAUGCAGCAAAAAAGCCUCCACUUCAUUACUGUGGAUUCUAAAGUCUUCUGGAAUCAUUGCCAACAAACCUUGGCCUCGAAUCACUCUCACGAUGACAACCACUGCCUUAAUAUUAAUCAUGGCUGUAUUCAAUAUGUUCUUCUUGGAAGACAACUUGAUAUCUUCUGUCCCUGUAUUAAACGCCUCUAAUGAGAGCGUAUACAACUCUAACGGACAGGCUCUGCGACUCAUAGAGAAAAACAACUUUUACCUUCCAUAUUUUAUAUACAGCUGUAUCCUGGGCUUGAUCUCCUGUUCUGUGUUCUUGAGGAUAAACUAUGAGUUGAAGAUGGUGGUCAUGUUGACGGCAGUUGUGGGAUACAAUAUAAUUAUCCUGCAUACUCACGCCUCAGUGUUGGAUGAAUACAGCAAGUUUCUGUAUAAAACAGAGGUAUUGGAAAGGCCUGGAGUUCUGAAGGACUUGAAGACAAUGGGUUCAGUGUCUCUGUUCAUAUUCUUCAUCACACUCCUUGUUCUGGCUAGGCAGAAUGAAUAUUACUGUAGGUUAGACUUCCUCUGGAAGAACAAGUUCAAAAAGGAGUGUGAGGAGAUUGAGACCAUGGAAAACUUGAACAGGGUGCUUCUGGAGAAUGUGCUUCCAGCCCAUGUGGCCGAGCACUUCCUGGCACGCAACUGGAAAAACGAGGAUUUGUAUCACCAGUCAUAUGACUUUGUCUGUGUCAUGUUCGCCUCCAUCCCUGACUUUAAAGAGUUUUAUACCGAAUCAGAUGUCAAUAAAGAAGGCUUGGAAUGCCUCAGACUGCUGAACGAGAUCAUUGCAGAUUUUGACGAACUGUUGUCUAAGCCCAAGUUCAGUGGCGUGGAAAAAAUCAAGACAAUUGGCAGCACUUACAUGGCAGCGACAGGACUGAAUGCAACAUCAGGACCAGAAUACAUCCAGGAACAUGACAGGCAGUACAUGCACAUUGGGACUAUGGUGGAGUUUGCCUUUGCAAUAGUGGCAAAACUUGAUGUCAUUAAUAAGCAUUCCUUCAACGAUUUCAAACUCAGAGUUGGAAUGAAUCAUGGGCCUGUGAUUGCUGGAGUAAUUGGAGCUCAGAAGCCACAGUACGAUAUCUGGGGAAACACAGUCAAUGUAGCAAGCCGGAUGGAUAGCACAGGUGUGCUUGGCAAAAUACAGGUUACAGAGGAAACCAGUAAGAUCUUGCAAACAUUGGGAUACAUGUGCACAUGUCGGGGAAUAAUAAACGUGAAGGGAAAAGGAGAGCUGAAAACCUAUUUUGUCCACACCGAGAUGACCAGAUCUCUUUCACAAGGAAAUGUGAUGCCUUGAAAAGACUAAUGUGACAGUGCACAAACCCAAUAAAUCCCUAUCAGACACUAGUUGAACAUCAAAACCCACAACAUCUGUAAAUAUUACAACUCUGUCCUUAGGUGCACGAAUGUUGGAUGCGUUUAGCAGUGGAAUCUCAAAGGCAGUGGCACAUACUGAGGGAACUCAGCACUGUGCACAGACAGCAGUUACUCACAAGACCAGUUUUGUACAAAAAGAAAAAAAAAAUGGA